AUGUCCGAUUCCGAAGAUGACUACAUGUCCGACGCUUUUCUCAGCAAACUGGAAGACACUCGCCCGGGGCUAAUUCAAGGAAAGAAAGCGGAAAAACUGAUGAAGGAAGAAAAGAUCAAGCAAAAAGAUAGAGAGCAUCGCGAAAUGCAAAAGAAUAAAUUUGCGAGGAAGAAGAUCGCUGAACUGAUGGUUGACAUUCGAGAGGAAGCUCUGUCAACUUCGAUGAUAGUAAACGAGCCAGAAAAUAAGGGACUCGCGAUGAUGCAGAAAAUGGGUUUCAAAAUCGGCACUGGUCUCGGAAAAGACGGCGAAGGAAGAAGAAAUCCAGUUCAAAUUGGAGAAGUGAAAGAAGACAAGAAAGGAAUCGGAAUAGCAACCGCUAGGCAGCAGAAGAUAAUCAACGAAGAGAGGAUAAAUCAGAUCAAUUUGAAGAGGAAGAUGGCGGAAGAACAAACUACGAAGAGCUUUAAGAAUACUACGAGACAGAAAAAUAUCGAAAACACGCUCGUAAAAUUCAUCCGAAAAGCUCAAAAAUCCUGCUACGAUCUUGACUCACAAGAAUCUCGGUCCCGAAAAUCCGAUUUUUUCUGGCCUCCCGGAGUUGUCCGCUCUCUUACUGCCAAGAAAGCCAGGCUCAUCGACCAAACCGACCAGUCCUUCCACGACGACCGGGAAGAAGAUGGCUUAGAUGAAUUUGAUUCAGAAAAACUGAUUGUUGAAAUAACGGAAUAUCUUCGAGAAAAGUACUUUUUCUGCGUCUACUGCGCUGUAAAAUUUACCGAUAGUGAUGAUCUUGUUCAAAACUGCCCUGGAAACUGCCAUACUUUGCAUGAUGAAGACUAA